GUCAGGAUGGCCAGGCUACAGGUCAUUUGUUCCAUGGCCAGGGAACGUUGGCAGUAGGCCAACGGGUCGUCGACCGACGAGCUCCUGCGGUCUGUAUCCGAGGUGGUGCACAACGGGGGCCAGUACGAGGAGAACCAGAUUCUGAUGCAAGAAAGCUUUUCGUCCAUGAUCGGCUCGCCACUUUCCCGCAUCAACCUGCCCGGAGCACGGCGUACACUAGCGGCUGUUGCACAGUUCUGCGGACAUCUCGACAUGCAAAAGAACCUGCAGACGUGCGUAGCGCUGAUCGGCAGCGCAGCACAGCGCGGGGCCAAGAUGGUGUUCCUUCCUGAGGCCAGCGACUUUAUUCCCGAGCGGCGCGACCAAUCGGCGCAGCAGGCACAGCCGCUGGACGGGCCGUUCAUGAAGGAGAUCCAGCAGGCGGCCAAGGACAACAGCAUCUGGGUGUCGAUCGGCGUGCAUGAACAGCACACAAUCAGCGGCCACCCGUUCAACACCAAUGCCGUGGUGUCUGACGAGGGUGUACUGACGCAAGUGUACCGCAAACUGCAUAUGUUUGACGUGAACGUCAAGGACGGGCCGCGGAUGUCGGAGAGCCAGACAACGACGCGCGGCGACCAGAUCACCGACCCCGUGGACACGCCGGUGGGCAAGCUGGGGCUGGCCAUCUGCUACGACAUGCGGUUCCCGGAGCUGGCGCAGCAGCUGCGGCACCGCCAGGCGCAGGUACUGUGCUAUCCGUCGGCCUUCACCGAGCCCACAGGCGCUGCGCACUGGGAGGUACUGCUGCGCGCGCGCGCAAUCGAGACCCAGACGUAUGUGAUUGCGGCUGCCCAUAUCGGCAAGCACAACUCGAAGCGGUCGUCGUACGGCGACGCGAUGAUUGUGGAUCCGUGGGGCUCGGUGGUGGCGCGGUGCCCGCGUAAUUCGACUGAACCCGCCAUUGCCGUGGGCGAGAUCAACCUGGAGUUCCUGGACAAGUGCCGGAGCGACAUCCCGGUCUUCACGCAUAAGCGGCCUGACAUUUUCCAUGAAUUCGCAUCGUAAUAUUUUUUAUCCUUGUCUCUAGCUCGCUUGAGAAUCAAUCCCGAACGGGUUUGCUGCUUCUUUGGGCUUCUGUGUCAUUACUCAUCUCUGGAAUGGUGGAUAUUUGUACCGGUGGGAGUGGGUGUAUGGAACUGCCGACGAAAUGAAAACGGCGCUAUGGUUUAGAUGUAAUAUCCGGAUGCUCUCGACAUUCGGACCUUAGGCAAAGCCAAGAGAGAGUGAUCGGAGAAUUAGUAAUUCCUGUGCCUGAAGUCGUACCAGACAGCGCCGGUGGUUUAAUAUUUGCCGUCGCACUGGCUGCUCAUAGUGCC